UUUCCUGAUUUGCAAAACAUUGCAAAAAGAUCAAUAAUAAUCGAUAUUAAAAAGCUCUAAAGUGUUGCAAAAACAAAACCUAACGUAUAUUUUAACAUAUAGAUACCUUGGUAUUAAACUAUGGCAAACGAUAGAGAGGUUCUUCGUGAAAUAUGGGAUGGAAAAUUGCCCAUUUGUUUUCAAUUGGACCAAGAGGAAAUAAUGGAAAUACAACAACCAGACCCUUUUUAUGUGAUGGUUCCCAGGCUUAGUUACUUCCCUUUAGUAACUGAUAAAAUGAAGAGGCACUUCCUUCGUUACAUUUCUCAAGAAAAUGCAGACAAUGAAAUGUGGCUUGAUUAUAAUGGACAACCACUGAAGUGGCAUUAUCCUAUUGGGUUCCUGUAUGACCUUUAUUGUGGCAGUGAUCCACAAUUGCCUUGGACAUUGACUGUACAUUUUACAAAAUUUCCAGAGAGCAUACUCCUCCGAUGUCCGAAUAAAGAUGUUGUUGAAGCACACUUUAUGUCAACAAUCAAGGAAGCAGAUGUACUCAAACAUAGAGGACAAGUGAUGUCUACAAUGCAAAAAAAGGAUCACAAUCAAUUAUGGUUAGGAUUACAAAAUGAUAAAUUUGAUCAAUUUUGGGCAAUCAACAGAAGGUUAAUGGAAUCACAUGGAGAAAAUGAAGGAUUUAAACAUGUUCCUAUACGGGUUUAUUCUGAUGAUGGCACAUGUAAUCAGCGUUUAGUGAGCCCAAAAAACAAUGACGGCAGUAGGAAAGUUCUGCAGCAAUUAAUAUCGGAAUUGUUUCCAGAAAAAAGUGAAGUUAAUUUGAGGACACACGGAAUAAUGAUUCCACCAGACACACCACUGCAGUGGCUUUCGGAACAUAUGAGCUAUCCUGAUAAUUUUCUUCAUUUAUGUGUUUGUUAAAUACAUAAAGCAUUCAAUAUUUAUUUAAAAAAAUUGUAUCUGGAACUAAUGAGAUAAGAGGAAUUUUAAAUGCAACUUGCAUAAAGUUCUUAAAGAUUCAGCAAGCUUCGGGCAAGGCAUUUUAUAAUAACUUAAUAUUUUUAUAUUUUUUAUUAGAAGUAUAACCCAUAUGAGACUAAGAACUUAAUGUACUAUAUUAGCUUUUUAAAUAUAUUUGAUCUUUUGCAGUUAAAAUCAAUAACAAAUCCAUUUAAGGCAACUUCAGUCCACUUCCUAAGGUCAGAAGUUUAUUAUUCGUUUUUGUGAAACAUAAAUUAGUGGAUCCUAUGUGUAAGGGCCAAAGCAACAAUUUGAUGAUUUAUAACUUUUUUGUGUUAAAAGCUACCUCUUAGUUUAGUUGCAGGUGUAACUGUUAUUUUUUUUCUGAAGUAAAAGAACCUAAUCUGCCUAUUUUCCAUUAUGGUUGAAACUUUGAGAGCCUCUCCUGAAAAGUUGUCAGUUUACACAUUGGCCCUUAUUCAUAGGAGCAAUCGAAAUAUUCUUCUGUAUUAUUUUGCCAAAAAACAUGUGUUAUCAAACAAUGGAAAG